AUGGAUCAAUACCAACAAGUAACUGAAUCAACUCCAACUGUGGAGACAAGUAAUCCAUAUGGACCAAACCCAGCUGACUUCUUGUCCAAUGUCAAGGAAUUUCAACUGAUUGACUCUACCUUGAGAGAAGGUGAGCAAUUUGCCAAUGCUUUCUUCGACACUGAGAAGAAGAUUGAAAUUGCCAAGGCCUUGGAUGACUUCGGUGUCGACUACAUUGAAUUGACCUCUCCAGUGGCCUCUGAGCAGUCUUUCAGAGAUUGUAAGGCUAUUUGCAACCUGGGAUUAAAGGCAAAGAUUCUUACCCACAUUCGUUGUCACAUGGACGAUGCCAAGGUGGCCGUUGAGACUGGUGUCGAUGGUGUUGAUGUUGUCAUUGGUACUUCCAAGUUCUUGAGACAGUACUCCCACGGUAAGGACAUGAAUUAUAUUGCCAAGAGUGCCAUUGAGGUCAUCGAGUUCGUUAAGUCAAAGGGUAUUGAGAUCAGAUUUUCCUCCGAAGAUAGUUUCAGAAGUGACCUGGUUGAUCUACUGAAUAUUUAUAAGACUGUCGACAAGAUCGGUGUCAACAGAGUUGGUAUUGCUGAUACUGUUGGCUGUGCUAACCCAAGACAAGUUUACGAGUUGGUCAGAACUUUGAAGUCUGUGGUCUCCUGUGACAUUGAGUGUCAUUUCCAUAACGAUACUGGUUGUGCCAUCGCUAAUGCUUACACGGCUCUAGAAGGUGGUGCCAAGCUAAUAGAUGUCAGUGUUCUAGGUAUUGGUGAAAGAAACGGUAUCACACCAUUGGGUGGUCUAAUGGCUAGAAUGAUUGUCGCCGCUCCAGAAUAUGUCAAGUCCAAGUACAAGCUGCACAAGAUCAGAGACAUUGAGAAUUUGGUCGCCGAAGCUGUUGAAGUCAACAUUCCAUUCAACAACCCAAUCACUGGUUUCUGUGCCUUCACACACAAGGCUGGUAUCCACGCCAAGGCCAUUCUUGCCAACCCAUCCACAUACGAAAUCCUUGACCCACAUGAUUUCGGUAUGAAGAGAUAUAUACAUUUUGCUAACAGGCUAACAGGCUGGAACGCCAUUAAGUCGAGAGUUGAUCAAUUGAACUUGAACUUGACAGAUGACCAAGUCAAGGAAGUUACCACUAAGAUUAAGAAGCUGGGUGAUAUCAGACCUCUGAAUAUCGACGAUGUUGACUCCAUUAUCAAGGACUUCCACGCUGAUCUAGCGACACCAAUGGUCAGACCAACCGAAGACGGUGCUGACAACGAAGAGCCACUACAACUUGAUGAACCAGCUAAGAAGAAAUCUAAGCUAUCCCAAUAA